UCUAAAUUGAAAAAAAAAAAUCUGAUUUGAGAUUAUUUUUAAGAAUGAAUGAUGUUGACUUCGAUUUCCUCGAUAUUCCGCUUCCAGAACUUUGUAAUUUGCCUCCGGAGCCAAUUCUAGUUGAACGUGUUCGAUCUGAAAUAGAAGUAGAUUCUAAAACAGGAAGAUUUGCCUGGCCAGCCUUCGCUUGGAUUUGGCAGGAUUUUCUCCCGGUGCAUUUAGUUGGUAGGUUUAGUAUACAGCUAUCUCAUAUUCCAUCACUUCUAGAAUUUAUACCAGAGGUUGCUCAAGCACUGACAGAUGGAGCUUAUUGGUUUAACUUCGUAUUCGAUUGGUGGUUUGUAAGUCCUUUACAUGAGUAUGAAGAUGUUGUCCCAUUAAUAGAAGAAUCAAACUUACCCUGGCCAUGCACAAAAUGUACCAGACGAUUUCAACAGGAAUGGCAGGUUUCCCGCCAUUAUAUUGACACUCACGUGCUUCCUGCUAAACCAGAAACAGCUGUGAAACCGAUACAAGAAAUACCGAAUAGUUUACCAGACAUUGAAAAAGAAGAAGAAAAAGAAGAAGUGUUUGUCACUAUAUUCGACCAAUUGGAAGAUCCAAUAGAGUGGAGGUGGGAGGAUUUUCUUCCAGAUUGGGAUGAAGACUUUUUACCAACUCCCCACCAAGAGGAUUUUCAAACUUUAGAUAUUUUUGAUCCAUAUCCUGAACCUGUUCCUGUGCCUAAACCUAAACCUAUCCCUCCUCCUGCAGAAAUUAAAGAGAUUACAACUAGGUGUAUUCUCAAGAUUUGUGCACCAGUUCUUAAACAAACAAAGUAUUUUUGCAUGACUUGCGAUAAAACAAUUUGCAACUCCUGUUUUACUGCGAAAUGUUCUAAACACAACGUUAACUGGAUGGGACAAGGAAAAUUUGCAUGUGCACUUUGCUAAAAUUUGCACAGAUUUUGACAAGAA